AUGUGGCGCAGAAGCGGUCCUUCCAAAGCGACAUCGACAAACGUCCAGUGCCAAAAAUCACGGCACUAUUCCUACGAAUGCAAAGCUUCAGCCCAGGAGCGGCCGUAUAUUCCCCGACCCUCACGAACUCAGCAGCUGUUCAACCCCAAGCUCCAACCCAAGCUUACCAAUGCUGUCCCGGAUGACAUUGAGAAGAAGAAGGGCGUAGCCGAUAAGAUCCUCGCUGAAAAGGAGGCCGAGCGUGCCAGGAAGCGAGAGCUGGAAAGGGACGAGGAAGAAGAACUGUCCGUAAAUGGUUCACCGCCCCCACGGCGGCACAGGUCGCCAUCUUACGACUCCGUAUCCAGCAUCUCGACCAGAUCCCCUUCUCCAGACCCAAGGCGCAGUCCCAGUCCCCCAAGAAGAGAACGGAUCAGCCGCGAUAUGGAGUUGUCUCCCCGUGGACAUUCGGUUCGUCCACGAUCUCUAAGCCCAGAGGAGCGCUAUUCUAGGGAACCGUCAGCCAUUCCAGAGAGAGAUUACCCGCCUCGGCGACGUUCCCCUUCGCCGAGCCAGGCUCGUUCACCCAGGCGCCAUCGCGACUUUGACGAUGAGCCCGAGCCUGAGCGUGCCCCUCGGCAUGCGCCGCCCGGCAGAGAUGCUGAACAUGACUCGCACAGACGUCGGGGCUACUCGAGAUCCAGGUCGAGAUCUCCUGCGCGUUCUCCACCAAGGCGGGAUGGGAGAGGCCGCGGUGAUGGUCCUCGGAACCGGUUCAGGGACAGGGACGAGGACCACCCCAGAGAAAGAAAUGCGCCGCCAGCCCAGCAGCGGGCACCUCCGCCGCCGCGCGAGAGGAGUCUGAGUCCCUUCAGCAAGAGGUUGGCGCUGACACAGUCGAUGAAUAUGGGUAGAUAGAUUGCAAUAAUUAGAGCGAAUCAAAUCUGGGUAUCAUAUGCCUACUUUUUUUCUCUGCAAAAC